CAGCAGUCGCCGCCGAAUCUCCCUCCGUCACGUGACAUCACUCUUUUAGGGGCUGUAUUUCUAUCAGUUCCUGCAUUUGUACAGAUUUUCCGAUCAUUCUUUAGCAGUUCAACACUUCUUGGUCUUCUUUUAACUAGAGCCCUUUUCUGUAGGUGAGUUACGAUGGCUAUGGCAGAAGAGGAUCCUCAGCCACUUGCAUAUAUACCGGAGAUUAUACUGAAGAAAAGAAAGGUCAAUGAAGCAGCGGCACUGAGAAGAAAGGAACAGUUGGAGUUAAGGAAGCUUAGUUCGAAUAAAAACAAGGAUGGUUUUAUUAAACUACCUGAGGAAUUUAUCAGAGAAUAUCGUGCUAGGGAAUUGGACCUUGUCAAAAUGAAGCACAGGACAAAGAGAAAAAGACCUGCUAUGGUGCCAUCAAAAUCAAAAUUGAUUUUUAUAAUUCGGAUACAGGGCAAGAACGACAUGCAUCCAAAGACGAGGAAGAUCUUAUAUAAUCUCGGAUUAAGUAGAAUUUUCAGUGCUGUUUUUGCUAAGGCUAAUGAGAGUAUUCUAGGGAAGCUACAAAGAGUGGAGCCGUAUGUGACAUAUGGAUACCCGAAUCUUAAAAAUGUGAGGGAGCUUGUUUAUAAGAAGGGAUUUGCAAAGAUAGACAAACAAAGAGUUCCUCUGACUGAUAACAACAUUAUCGAACAGGCAUUGGGCAAGCAUGGGAUCCUGUGCAUGGAGGAUAUGGUGCAUGAAAUUGCUAAUGUUGGCCCUCAUUUUAAGGAGGUAAUUUCCUUUUUAUGGCCUUUUGAACUUGAAAAGCCAGGAGGAGGGGGUCUUCAAGGGAAAAAGUCAUUAUACAAGGAUGGUGGAGAUGCUGGUAAUAGAGGAGAUGACAUCAAUGAUCUGAUUAAUGAGAUGAAUUAGGCUGAAAAACACUUUGAAAUUAAAUUUUAAAAAGCCUGAAGGGAUCUAAUAGUUUCUGUAAUGCAAUUUUGUAGGCUAUAAUGAGUUUGUAUUUUGCUCAACUCAUUUGCUUCUUUUUGUUUUUGUUUUUCUGGUAUUUCUUGUGUCCUAGGGAAAAAAACUUGGAUCUGUUAUAUAUUUAGCAACAUAAUAUCAUCCACAUUAUGAGUGAAUUGAGGCAUCCCCUUGUUGAUCAUUUGUCUCAACCAGUUUCUUU